CAAAAAUUAAAAUAAGAAGAAACUAAGAGAGGGCCCACCGGCCACAUGGAGGUGAUAAAUAGAAGGAAGUAUGUCGAUCGAUAGGGAUGUGUUUGUCAGUCGUAAGUCGCUAGAAGAAGACAACAAUGGUAUCCUUUGUUGGUUGCAUAAUUUCGCGUUCUGCCUUUCACAUUGUAAAUAUCUCCAUGUCCAUGGUGUCAACCAAAUUGAACUUACUACUUAAACUGCAUCAAACCAUCUUUGAGUCGAAGGAGUCGAAGGAGUCGAAGUCCACCACUCUGGGUAAAACGUUCGAUCUUCCAUGGAAGGAAUUUCGAAUCAAGAUAAAUUGAGCAUCGAUACAGAAUUACAAACCAAGUUACUCCUUCACAGUGAUGAUCAUGAUCGUAAGGGUGGUAUGAGAACCAUGCCAUUUAUCAUAGUGAAUGAAGCAUUUGAGAAAGUGGCGAGCUAUGGAUUGACGCCAAACAUGAUAUUCUAUCUGAUGGAAGUUUAUCACAUGGAAGCUGUAACUGGAACCAGCAUACUCUCCGUCUGGUCAGCACUUUCAAAUGGUCUCUCCAUUUUUGGAGCUUUCAUGGCUGAUUCCUACUUGGGUCGGUUUCGGGUCAUUGCUAUCGGGUCUCUCACCUCCCUUCUUGGGAUGAUUUUUCUAUGGCUGACCUCCAUGUUCCCAGAGUUACGACCUUCAUCUUGCGAAGAACUCGACACCAUUUGCAGCCCUGCAACACCAACCCAACUCGCUUUACUUUUCACAUCUUUUGGUCUACUAUCGAUUGGAUGUGGUUGCGUGAGACCAUGUUCCAUGGCCUUUGGUGCAGACCAACUCAACAAUCAUCCAACCAUAAACAACCAAAGGCUCAUUGACAGCUUCUUUAAUUGGUACUAUGCUUCUAUGACAAUGUCAAUGGUUGUAGCAUUUACAGUAGUGGUCUACAUUCAAGAUGAGUAUGGUUGGCAGGUUGGAUUUGCAGUUCCUAUGAUGUUAAUGGUUUGUUCUGCUCUCAUGUUCUUGCUUGGAUCUUCUCUUUAUGUGAAAGUUAAAGUUGGCAAGAGCCCGUUUUCAGAAUUCAUUCAAGUUCUAGUUGUUGCUUUUAAGAACCGGAAAGUCAGUCUUAGUCACGAUGACUGCUACAAUCAUAGCCAUGGAAUGGAUAGAGUUGAGUUAACAGAGAACAUAAGGUUUCUCAACAAAGCGUGUGUUAUUAAAGAUUCAAACACAGAUCCAUGGAGUCUCUCCACUGUCGAAAAGGUCGAAUCCCUUAAAUCUAUAAUUUGUAUAGCACCCAUUUGGUCUUCAGGAAUUCUACUAUACACCACAAGUACCCAAAGCUACCCGACACUCCAAGCAAACACAAUGAAUCGACAAAUAACCUCCGGAUUUGAAAUCCCAGCUGCAUCUUUCGGCUUAUUUAUGGUCUUAACACUCACAAUAUGGAUCAUCUUCUACGAUCGUAUCUUAGUCCCAAUUCUAGCAAAACACUCACACCAACCACGUGGGCUCCACCCAAAAACCCGAAUGGGAAUUGGGCUACUAAUCUCAGUCGUGGCUAUGGUAGUGUCCGCAAUUGUGGAAUCCAUAAGGCGCCACGUGGCAAGGUCGGGUGAUGACAUGUCAGCAAUGUGGUUGGUGCCACAAUAUUGUUUGCUAGGAUUAGCGGAAGCUUUCAAUGCAGUAGGGCAGAUGGAGUUUUAUUAUUCCGAGCUUCCAAAAAGCAUGUCGAGUAUUGCAAUGGCGCUCUUCAUGGUGAGCAAUGCAUUCUCGGGGCUUGUUGGAAGCUUUUUGAUCAAUGUUGUUGACUCGGUAACAAGUGAAGGUGGUGAAGUGAGUUGGUUAUCGAGUGAUAUUAAUGAAGGACAUGUGGAUUAUUACUAUUGGUUACUUGGUUUCUUGAGUUUGCUUAACUUUUUCUACUUCUUAAUCUGUUGUCGUCUUCAUCGGAGGUUUACGUCAUCCACAUGA